AUGAAAUUGAAGGAUUCAACUUCGUCACACCAGCUGUUUGAAUGCUGCGUAUGUGGUUCGCAAGAAGCCUCAAGAUUGUUUUCUCAAUGCUUGCACACUGUCUGCAAUGAUUGUGUAGAUAAAGUAACAGUUUCUGAGAAAUAUAUUUGUAAUCGGUGCGGCAAAACCAGCAGCAAGUUAAUAACAAAUGGGGCUCUGUGCAAAAUGAAUCCUCAGAACAAGACACCUAAUUGUAUGUGGUGCUCUGAAGGUGGCGAAUCUAAUGUCUCUCAGGGCCAUUGCAAACAGUGCAAUCAGUGGCUUUGCACCGAGUGUAUCAAGGGACACAAUAGAAUGCCUCCGUUUAGAUCGCACACUAUAAACAUAGUUGGAGACUGUGGAGAUAAAGAGCUGAGCAGCUGCGCUCCUUGUACCAUGUCAGGCUUGAAGUGUGAAAUCCAUCCACGUGAAUCGCUAGAGCUCUUUUGUGAGACAUGCGGAGUGUUGACCUGCCGCGACUGCCAGUUGUCCGUGCAUCGCGAUCACGGUGGACAUCGGUGGGUAAAAGAAAAGGCGGAGCUACUUCGUCCUGGUCUACUGGCUGCAAUGCAUUCUCUCGAGGCGCAGAUGGAGCAUUUGAAAACCCUAUUAGGUACAGCCAAACGUGCCCCUACCGCUCUUCUUGCUAGUGUCGAUGUCGCUAAAGCUUCUCUCCGUCGGUCUCUUGACGUUCUUUGCCAUGCAAUUAACAAAAACAGGGACAGUCUUGAUGCGGAACUUGACAAGAUCGCCCAGACGCAUAUUGACAGAUUAGCGGAGGCUUAUGACGUUAUGCAUGGCUUGCUGGAACGCAUUGACUAUACACUGCGUCUGUCGCACUGCCUUGUCGACAACGAGGGGAAGGAUCCGGCAAGUCUGGUACAGCUGGCAAUCUGUCUGGAGGAGCGGUUACAGGAUUUGGCAACGCAAGUUAGUAUCGUGUCAGCAGACAGUAACAUGAAAGUGUCAACGGUGGCCGAGGACAAUGAUGAUGUACGGACAGUGAGUGGUUGGCGUAAAUCUGCAACCUCUCGCGUUGUUUUCCUCCCUAACCGGCCAUCAGAUGAACUUGCUCGGUUGGUGUCCUCUGUAUGCUGGACCUCCGGUCAAAAUAUUGACGAUGGCAUUUCAAAUGGUCUUCCAGAGUGUCAGGAAAACGCGGAAACGACCACUCAAAGCACUGGUAGCGACGGCGGUAUGAAUACAUGUGGAAGACCAAUCGACAUCACACUCCUUAGCGGUGGCUGUGCGGUCUGUCACUCCUCCGGUCUUUUGGCAGUUUGUACGAGCUGCCAGCGUGCUUUCCACCCACAGUGUCACUUACCAUGCCUCGAUUUAGGCUCUCUGCAAAGCCUGCAUUGGAAAUGCUCCAUCUGCGCAGCCACCACCGUAACUGGGACUAAAUCGCUCUCUGUUCCGCCCCGUCGGAUCCGCGAUAUCUGUACUGGCGUGUCAUCCACCACCAAUUCUGGGUGUCAUAUUUUGCUGAGUCUUCUUUGUCAUCCGGAAGCAUUUUGGUUCACCACGUCUCUUGUCUGUCCCGUGUGCUCCUCGAAUCUGUCCGCUGCAGAUGUCCCGGUGGAGAACGCUAACAGCGAGGGGGGCCAGUGUAGCGUCUUCCAUGGUCUCGCGCGUCUUCGCCGAUGUCUUGAGGCUUCGGAAACUCUCGGAGGAAGGCCUAUUGAGGUUUGGAUUCGCGACAUUGACGCCUUCACAGCAGAUACUUGCGCCUGGUCCAAGGAAUUUGGGGUUCCAACCGUUGCUGAACCUCUUAACAAGGCUGCGUGCAGUCUUAGGGACGCUCUAGACUCCUACGUGGAGGCCUACUACCCUGCAUUUUUUGAAAUAUACCAUUCUCCUUAA